GAGAGAAAGGCGGGCCCGAAAGCGGGACGGGGGCCAAUCAGCGAACAGGGCCGUGGCGUCACGUAGGCGGAAGCGGAGGACGUCGGGCCUGCGGGUUGUCAUAGAGACGGAAGCGGCCGCUGAGAUGACGGUGCACAACCUCUACCUCUUCGACCGCAACGGGGUCUGCCUGCACUACAGCGAGUGGAACCGCAAGAAGCAGGCCGGCAUUUCCAAGGAGGAGGAAUUCAAACUGAUGUACGGGAUGCUCUUCUCCAUCCGAUCCUUCGUUAGCAAAAUGAGUCCUGUGGACAUGAAGGACGGCUUCCUCUCCUUCCAGACCAGCAAGUACAAGCUGCACUACUACGAGACGCCCAGCGGGCUCAAGGUGGUCAUGAACACCGACCUGGGAGUGGGCAACAUCCAGGACAUCCUGCACCAGAUCUACAGCUAUAUUUACGUGGAGUACGUGGUGAAAAACCCCCUCUGCAGCUUAAACGAGAGCAUCCAGAGUGAGCUUUUUCGGAACAAGCUGGACAGCUUCGUCCGGGCUUUGCCCUUCUUCUCGGCUCGUGCCGGCUAGCUCUCUUUUUUCUGACGACCCUCCUGCCCCCGGACUCCAUGGUGCACGAACAGUCCAGAAAUAGCAAGCCACAUCACUUCCCACGAGGCUGGGCGUUUGCACUGACUUGUAUACCUUACUGCCAAGAAUUGCCCCUCUGGGGACAGCGGUUUCCCCUCCGAGGAAGUACAUCCGGAUGUUGCUCCAUCACUGGGUAUCGCUCUAUUUAUAGUGGAAUAUUCUGAUUUUUUUUU